AUGCUGAGUAAAGUCAUUGAAAGCAUGCUUGGAACUUCAGUUGAUCAAAAAUUUGAAGACCUGCAAGUAGAGGAGAUCAGGGCUCAACGUCAAGCAGAAGUUGAAAGGCAGAUGCAAGAUAAAGGUAAGGGAGUUGAAGGUAGUUCAGCUGUGACAGAGAGAUCAAUAGUUCCUUCAAUGGUGGUUGAGAAUCCCGAGCCUAUUUCUUCAAUAUCCGGUCUCUUUGAAGAUGAAACUCACCUUGCUGAGUUAGAAGGUUCUAGUAGUGAUGAAGAUGAUGAAGAAGAGGAGGAAGAAAAGAAAGAGGAUAAAGAUGAAAAAGUAUUUUCUACUAGCAGUCACAGUUCAGAAGAUGAUGAUGAUGAUGAUGAUGCUUCAGGUGGUACUGGUUUAAGAGUUACUGAAGGUUCUUCUGAACAAGAUGUUGAUUAUCUGAUGAAUGACACCGUAAAUGAAGAGUCAGGGGAAGCUAGUGGAAAGGGGGAGUCUAGUAAGUCUCAAAUUGUUGAACAUUCUGAGACGUUGUUCUUGAGUUUAGAUGUUUAUAGAGAAAUAUUGCAAAAUGUGAAUCCUGAAUUCAAGAUUGAUUCUGAAGAAGAGUUAGAGUCUUUCGAUAUAAAUCAACAGCCUGAAUACUCGUACAAGUAUGUUGAAGAGGCUGAUAAGUAUGAUCGAGUUGAGAUUGAAGAUUGUACGGAUGAUGAAGAUGUAGCUGAAGAUACUUCCAAGUAUCCUACACUCAUGGAAUUCUUUGCUGAAGAAAACAGAGAAGAGUUAAGAUAG